AGAGCGAGAAUCUACUGUCAUGUACAUUUCCUGGUCCUGCUGAGUCGAUACACAUUUUUGCCUAUCUGAGUUUCGUGACCCGUCACGGGGGCUGAGUCGAAACCGAGCAAAAUGGAUCGGGAUCAACUCUUUACACAUGUUGCACGCGAAAUCACUGCGUUGCUCGAGGUGCGGCCUACCAGCCCGCACGUCCUGGGCCUCCAGGCACCGCAGGGUUUCGGGAAGACAUUUUUGGUUCAGCGUCUGGAGAAGCAUUUCGGACGAGAGACGCUCCUCACCCUUUCGCUCGAUGAUUUCUACCUACCAGCAGGUGACCUGCGACAACUCGCUACGCGCAAUCCGCUUUGGAGGAAUCGCGGACUUCCUGGAACGCACGACGUCGGCCUGCUCCGCGACGUGCUGGCUAAGAUACGACGAUGUGGCCGGGCUGGCACCGUGCAUGCUCUUGCUGACACAGAAACUGGACAGGAAAGCGCGUCCAAAGUUGUCGAACUUCCCCGCUUUGAUAAGACCUUGAAUGCAGGCUUCGGCGAUCGCGUGUCGGGUGGAUCAGACAGGCGCGACUUGUCGCAAGUCCGAGUCGUGCUUCUCGAUGGAUGGUGCGUCGGAUUCCGAUCUCCUGGUAAAGAGCGAAAGCAGGAUGUCGAUCUCGAGAGCUGGACAUACUUCCUGGAAGGCCCGGGUCCUGUGUUGACCGAGCUUGAAAAAGUUUGGGACGAGUAUAUCGACGGGUGGAUCGUGGUGGAGCUCCCCCUGAGACGCGACGGAAACCAGCCCGAAGCUGCUGCAGAGAACGAAAGCAUUCUUCAGUGGGUCGUGAAGUGGCGCACAGAGGCGGAGGAAAAGGCCGCAGCGGCUGCCAAGCGCAACAUGUUGUCCCCCGCGCAGGUUGCACAAUUUUGCGAGCCCUAUCUCGUGUGCUACAAGCUUUGUGCGUUGGCUUUUUACGACUGGCUGCACCGCUGGAAGGGUGGUGAAUCUCACGAAGGGAAGCUCCUUCAUCGCUUCCGUGUGUGCGAUGCAGCGCGUAAUGUAGAAGAGGUCGAUGAUGCGGAAGAUGCACAUCCUUGA